UUAUAACAUGCAUUAUCUUUCCCUUUACUGUAUCUGUUUAUCUGAUAUUUUUGUAUAUGGCACAGGCCGGUGAGGACCACAGACACGAGUAUUGGACCCGAGAUGAAAAAGUAUGACCAGAUAAGAUUGAUAGCAAAAACCUUCUAAACCAAAAAUGUUUUAUAAAUUAUGACACCCUUUUUAAAAUAUACUAUAAGUUAACUAUAAGUUAAAAAUGUUUUUAUAUGCCCCAAACAAUUUCGGGCAUAUUAUGUUUUACCCCCUAGCGUCCGUCCGUCUGUCUGUUAGCAAUUUGGUUUCCGGAACAUAACUUAAGUUCCAAUUCAAACUUCAUAGGAUGAUUGUCCAUAUUGGGUAUAUGACCCCUAUUGAUUUUGGGGUCACAAGGUCAAAGAUCAAAUAGAGUGAAAUCAAACUCCUCGCAGCGGUUACUUCCCCUGAUCUGUACAGUAACCACUGCCACCACAAGUAAAUUCGGUCGAAUAUAGUCGGAUAUAUUUUUUUCACUUUUAAUUUUAAAAUAGAAUACUUUAUAUCAUUUUAGUUUUCUUUCGUUAAAUAGUUAUGCUUAAUGUACAAGAAAGUAAAAAAUUAUACGUAUAAAAAUUAUUUUGAAAACAUAACGAAAGAUAUUUUCACUGUGACACCGUAUGCAUAGUAACAACCAGUAAACAAUGGCAGAAUAUAAACAGUUAUUGAACGAUUGCACAAAAAGAUUUGAUCCGGCACUUGUUUUAAAGUGAUAACAAAUUGUGUGUCUUGAACUUAUUUUGUCUGGUAAGGAUGUAAUUAUAAAUCUGCCAGUUUGAUAUGGGAUCCUUGGCGUUCUGAAACUGGCCGCCAUGUUUUUGUCACAUGAUACAACUAUCAUCACGUGAUUUCAGUGGUGGCAGUGGUUAAAGUAGCAAAGCGUGACGUAACCGCUGUGAGGAGUUUGGAGUGAAAUAAGAAUCCCUUAACGAGAAAACAAUAGGCGGAACUAAAUAAAAUGGAAUUUUGAAAGGGGAUCUGAGGUUAUGAAGCCUGCAUAUCACAUAUAACUUCAAAAGACAAAUUUAAAAAGCAGGCUUCAUAUCCUAAGGGUCGACAAAAGUUAAAUAUUCGUCCUGAAACGGAAAUUAAACUUAUGCUAAACUCCGAUGGAGUAGAAGUAGAGGCAGACUAUUUUGAUUCCUUAGAGCCAAAUACCACACUUAUGGUACUAUGUGGAGAAGAAAGGUGGACUGCACAAUUCACAGGUGGAAGUUCGGAUGAUAAUAGUGCAGAUAGAGGAAAUGAAAAACCAAAAGAAGAAGAUUACAACGACAUGAUGAAACUUGUUGAAUCAAUCCAAUCGAACAAAUGGAAGAAGAAAAAGACUGAUUCCCAGCGCAUUCGAUUUAGAACUAGCAUCGGAUGGAUGCAUUUCAGUGCAAAAGAAAAACGAUACAAGCAAGUGAGGUCAUCGAAAUUGGACCCUAAAAACAUUCUUGACACUGCUUUACAUAAAGAUAUAUCAUAUGAUGAAAUUGUAAAAAUGGCUGCAGAUUUCUUUUUUCCUGAUGGAAGAAGCAGAAAGGGGAAAAAAUCGUGCAUGCUUUUCAUGCUAGGUAAAGUGAAUAAUGUGAUAAUACCUAAAGAAGGAUUUUCUUUAGCAAAAUACGCUGAGAAUAAAAUGACGUUGAAGUUGAGAAUCUACUUGUAUUCUAAAGUAAAGGUAUGCUUUAUUUUCAUUUAUAUUCUUUUGUCAAUUUAAGUCAUCCGAGAAAAAUGUUCAACACAAUGUUAUUUGUUUACAUGACAUCAAGUAUACCCAAAAUAUUUGCCAAUAUCAAUUUACAUGAUACAUGAUAAUUGACUGUAACAGAUUUUUGGGAACUUGCACAACACCUUUGUGUGUCAUCUGGAAGAGGCAACAUAAAAAAUGGGGUAACUUUUGUCGGUGGCGUCGCUGUCGGUGUCAGCGGCGUUCCCUAAUGCUUGUCCGGAUCAUAACUCAGUCACUGUGGGUUAGAGUCGAUGACUUCUUAUCCAGUUACCUCUCUGGCGAUCCCUGGGAGAUGCUUUGCACAGAGGAAGGUAGUCUAGUACUGGUGUAACUCUCCAGGUACGAUGGUUAGGAAACUUCCCGCCUAUAUGACUGAAAUGACUGUUGGGAAAAGUCGUAAAAUGAAACAAACAAACAAAUAAUUUUGUCCAGGCCAUUUCUCUUCAACUAAAAAAUCUAUUGAAUUGCAAC